AACUAAUGAAACUGAAAAAAUAGAAUGGAAAAAAGUAUAAACCCCAUGCCAAAAAGCUAUUCUUUCUCACUACAGGAGUUAUCGUCAGGUCAAAACUCAAAAGGGCAUAUGCACAAUAAGAUGAAAAAUAAAAAGUUAAAUCAAGAAUAAAUCUGAUCAAAUAAAAAAAUCAUAUUCUAUAAUAAAACAAACCAAUGAUCACAAUGGUUAGAUAAAAAAAACUUCAAUAAUGAAACUAGUCGAACUUGAGAUGAGAGAAGGAGAUGCGAGAAAGUAUAUAGGUCAAAACCAUUGGUUAUCAAAUGUUGGAUCCACUGAAGAAGAGCGAGUUGAAGGGGUAUCAAAGCGUAUGCUUGAUUCAAAUCCGGGUCAGAUGUGGUUGUUGCUAUAUCAUAAGGGAAAGCAUUGGAUGCUUAUAAUAAUUGAUUUUGAUCACCAAUUGUGCUAUUUCCUGGAUUCUCUUCACAAUUUUCCACCAGAUGAAAUCAAAUCUCUCAUUUCUCGUGUCUUUCAACAUUUACACACAAAUAAUGCAAAAACUAAGGAAGUCGCGUGGAGAACAGUUAAGUGUCCUCGUCAACCAUUACAAUCAGUACAAUGUGGGUUCUAUGUUAUGAGGAUGAUGAAGGACUUCGUGACAAAUGAGUUUUCAAUGCGAUGGCUAACUAGUAAUUGUGGCGGGAAGAACUAUUACACAAAGGAUGAGAUCAAUGAAGUACGUGAAGAAUGGGCACAAUGCGUCAUGGAUUUGAUGAGUACUACAUAGGUCCACUCACUUUUGUUAACUUAGACUUUUAAUGAGAUAUACUUACAAUGUUAACUUAGACUUUCUUGAAGAUAUACACACUUUUGUUGCCUAACUAUAGUUUACAAUGCUUAUGUGAGUCAUUUUGUAAUUAACUUAAGACUCGUUAUUUUAGAUACUUAGUUCAAAUUCUAGUAUUUUAUAUUAUUGUGAUAUAUGUUUUGUUUUGUUCAGUUUGUUUGUAUAAAAAAACAUGAUUUG